CCGCCUGUCCCUGUGGCUCUUUGCAGAAGGGCAAGAAGAGGCCGAAACAGACAGGGUGCCCGGUGUAGCAGGAACUUUGCUCUUCAUCCUUCAAACAUGCUGUCCAGGCUUAUUGUUGUGUCAGCCAGUGCCCUGAAAAGCAGUGCCCCCCUUGGAGCUGGUCUGAUCCAGGCGUCUCGCUCCCUGCACACGUCGUCCCAGAGUCUGGCCCCAGUGCCCCCUCUGCCCGAGAAGGGAGGCAAAAUCCGUCAUGGCAUCUUCCCAGAGGAGAUUUUCCAGCUCUUGUACCCCAAAACUGGAGCUACAGGACCCUACAUGCUGGGCACUGGCCUCGCCGUAUACAUGCUUUCCAAGGAACUCUACGUUAUCAACCAUGAGACUAUUGCAGCCUUAACCAUGGGCAUGAUCAUCAUCUUUAGUGUCAAGAAAUUUGGUCCAAGUGUUGCAGCUUUUUGUGACCAACUAAAUGAGGAGAAAGUGGCUGGUGUUCAGGAGGUGAAGGACCAAGCCAUUGUCGCCCUGGGUCAGGCUAUUGAGAGUGAGAAGAAGGAACAGUGGAGAGUGGAGGGAAGAGCAAUGCUCUUCGACGCGAAGAGGAACAAUGUGGCCACGCUGUUGGAGACCAACUACAGAGAGAGGAUACACAUGGUCACCCAUGAGGUGAAGAGGCGCUUGGACUACCAGCUCGCCUUGCAGAGCCUCCACACACGGAUGGCGCAGGAGCACAUGGUCAACUGGGUGGAGAAGAACGUCAUCGGCAGCAUCACUCCUCAGCAGGAGAAGGAGAGCAUCGCCAAGUGCAUCACAGACCUGAACGUUUUGGCCAAGGCUGUUCAGGCCAAAGCUACAGUCUAAUCUGUCAACUGUUCUCUCAUCCCCAAACUCACUGUCCCAAGACGAGACCUCCACUUUUCUUUACAGAAUAAACUAUUUCCUCUCUAAAGUUUGUCUCUGUCCAUAUAUUAUGGGUGUGUACAGUAUUUACACGUCGGCUGAAUAAAAAUAAAUGGUUCUUAUUCAACUUCAA